UCGUGUCCCCAACAGUUCUACAAGUCUUACCACUGGUUGGGAGUCUUCUCUUUCAGCAAUCUUGAGAUGAAGCUUAUCAGUCAUGAGCACAAUCUGAUCGCUUGUAGUGAUGUUGUGUUCAAUAUGGAGAUGACCUCUAAAGAUGCGGAUCACAGUUGGAAAUGGAGUGCAAUGAAUGAGCUGUCCUUUGAAGGCGGCCUCGAGAAGGAUCUGGAGGAACAGGACGGAGACAUCUAUGUAAUGCCCCAUAAGAUGAAAAAUGUGUUUUCUUUUGGCGACGGAAUCUUUUUCCUCAUCACCCAUAAGAAUCAAAUCUAUUUUACGACUGACUCGCGAGUGUUCAGACGCUGUCCUUUGAAUGAUUGGCUCAAAUCGGCCGACUUUAUCACAAGUAUCGCAUUGUAUGGUUCGGUGCUCGCCUGCGCUUCAUUUGAUGGCUAUGUGUUUGUGCACAGCUUUACUGCUCCCGAACACCUCCAUUACCUCACUCACCACAAGCCUUUGAUCAACAGGAGGGUUACCACCGAUCAGAUUAUCAGUGUUGCCAUUACUGAUAAUGGAUUGGAUCUCAUGGUUGGCGUCGCUACUAAGACCACACUUUAUACCCUCAACUGCAGUCCCAAAGCAAAAUUGUUGGACCCUUGCAGUCCUAGUCCUGUCAGUCCUGAGGUGAUUGACAUAUCGAGCUCUUUGAGUGUCCGCUCAUCCGAUGUUGAAGUGAUCGACAUCGAGGACUAAGAAACCAAGUUUUGUGAUAAUUAGUAAAAUUGUUUCCGAC